AUGGCUUCCCUCGCGCGGAGCAUCGUCAUUGGUCCACUCUUCCGGUCUUCCUCCAAAUCCACGAGCUCCUCGAUAUGCGCGCAAUGUCGGCGCACCUUCGUUAGCAGUCCCGCCCUGCAGUCUGGUCAUAACAAGUGGUCCAAGAUCAAGCAUGAAAAGGCCGCCGCCGACGCCAAGAAAAAUGCAGCCAGGACCGUCUUCACCAAGAACAUCACCUUGUACUCGAAGCUCUAUGGACCCAAUCUCAACGAUAACCCGCAGCUUGCCACUAUUGUCGCGGCGGCCAAGAAGGCCGGUACCCCCAAGGCCUUGAUCGAGGGAGCCAUCGCCCGAGGCCAGGGCAAGUCGUCGGAAGGCGCUACCCUAGAGCCCGUGAUAUACGAGGCGAUUGUGCCACCCAACAUCGCUCUGGUGGUGGACGCUGCGACAGAGAACACAAAGCGCGUUAUAGAAGACUUGAACCAGAUGGUGAAGAAGGCGAACGGUGCCAAGAGCCCGUCCAAGUUCCUCUUCGAGCGGAGGGGCCGCGUGAUCUUUGAGAAGGGCGAGAGCGACCUGGACGUAGAUGACAUCAUGGAGGAUGCGAUUGAGGCUGGCGCUGAGGAUCUCGAGAACGACGAAGAGGGCAACAUUAUUGUCUGGUCGGACCCCUCGUCAACUCAGCAGAUCUGCAAGGCUGUCGGGUCCAAGUUCAACCUCAAGAUCGCCGAGUCCGACAUUGUGUGGCAUGCCAUUGAGGAUACCAAAGCUCCGCUGGACUCGUCCGAGGAGUUGGUCAAGUUUAUGGACCUCCUCACAAGCAUCAAAGACUACCCUGAUGUCCAGGCGAUCUGGUCCAAUGUAUCCAGGGGAAACAUGAGUGAUGACGAGUGGGCUAGGGUGACUGAACUCAUUGACGAGUAGCCCUGGCCUGAAAAGCAAAAAGAAGGGACAUAACAAAUGAUUGUAAACAUUGAUAAAUACCCUUUCCC